UUAUUACGAAAGUGUCAGGAAUUCAACCAGUUAAAUUGCAGACUUUAGAGUUCAUGCACUGACUCUAGGAUGAAAGUAAUGUAAACUCUCAAGUCACGUGAUGAAUGAAACAUUUCUCCGGCAGCUAUUAAUUCUGGAAGCAACCCACGAAACUUUCAGAACUCAGGAACUGAGUAGAUGCACCAUCUCCUCAGAGCUUUGGGAAGCUUGGAAUUAUUUGCAGACUCACGUUCUGACUUUCCGCAGAGAGCUUUGAUGUUCACAAUGGAACAUCCAAAUGUGACCCUGCCUGUGGUGGCUGCUGCUGCUGCAAGCUCUGGCCCUGCUGCUUCUACUCUUGAGAAAGGAGGAGGGAAUGGAAAUGAAUACUUUUACAUCCUGAUCGUCAUGUCCUUCUAUGGAAUCUUUCUAAUGGGAAUCAUGCUGGGAUACAUGAAAACCAAGAGAAAGGAGAAGAAGUCCAACUUGAUGCUGCUCUAUAAAGAUGAGGAGAGGGAGUGGGGACAAGCCGUCAAGCCUCUGCCAACCAUCUCAGGACUGAGAUCUGUCCAGAUUCCCAUGAUGUUAAGCAUGCUGCAAGAGAGUAUGGCGCCGGCCCUUUCUUGCACCCUCUGUUCCAUGGAAGGCAGCAGCGUGAGUGAGUCUUCCUUGACAGAUGUUCACCUCAUCAUUGAAGAGGAAGUACCUGGUGCUGAAGUGGGAGAAAUGGCUGAAAUGGCUCUCCUCAAUGACAGCAGUGAAGGCUCUUCAGAGAGCAUCCAUCAGAAUUCCUAGCAGCUUCUUUCCUCAAAUGAAAGACUAACAAUUAAUCCCAAUUUUGCAUCCUGCCUUGAACCACAUACUUUCCAAAAGGGAAGGGGUGCUCAUUGUGUUGUAAGAAGCAGAAGAGGCAAAGUAGCAAUGACUAAUGUGUAAUAGAAUGUCGCUGUUGUGAUGUCAGAAGGAGAAUUUCUUCCCUGGCAAAUCUCUUAGUGUAGCCUCUGCUUCCUUCACAAUAUAGGAAAACUUUGGGAAGCAAUCUGCUUUGUGAAUGAAGUAUGUUUUGACAGCUAGCCUUGUGGAUUUGUGCUGCUGAUUUUUUUCAACAAUCUUUUGAAUAUACUAAGGGCAGGAAGAAUGCAAUGCAAAGUUAGAUCUUUGCUUUAAUCUGUGGCUGAACAGGAGCACGCUUGAACAAAAUCUCCACACUCCAGAUCAGCAGAGUUAUGUGGGAAUCAAUAGUCUUGUGUGGGUAUAUCUGAGCAAGAUCUGUCUUUGGGAUCAAUUUUAUGUGAAUGGCAAUGAAAAAAAAUAUAUGCCAAUGGAGAUUGUGCUCGCAUUUACAUGACCAUUGAUUUAUGUCAACAGAAACUGUGAUCACAGUUCACAGGGCUACUUAAUCUUGCUUUCUUUUAAUGGCAAUGGUGAAAGCAACUCAAUACAAAAGAAUGAAAGUGGGGCUCCCUUACCUCAUUAACUUUGCUUGUGAUGCAUCCAUUUCUGUUUGUUAAAUUUGCCUUAAUAUAAGAAAGAAGAUGGUUCCUUUAACAAUUUAUACCACACCUAAAUUAGAAAACUCAAACCUUAGCUGAAGUUCCUAAACAGAUGGAGCCAAAGCAUGCUAUAUUGCUCUUUUCCUCCUCUGCUCAGCACUUCUGCUUCGGUGGUUCGAGGAACUCUGGAUAUGGGGCAUGAACUGAAGCUGCGAAAUUCAUGCAUUGUAUAAAAUUACAGAUUGAUAAUAUGUGUCCCUUCAGAUUUCAGACACCCAAUAUAACUAGUAUAACCAGUCCAACAAUAGCUGAAGGUUGAUAUAUUCACCAAACCUGCAUUAAACUAUGAUUAGCAGUGUUUAUGCAGUGUUUACAAACACACUUCAAGCCAAGAUUUUAAAAAUUCUGGUUCCAUAGCUGGCUACAAACCAAUGUUUUGUGAGUUUAGGUCUCAUGCCAUCCCAUGGUUACUUGUGACCAUUGUUUGUCAAAAGAUUGCAACUGAACCAUUAUGUAUUGAUUGUGUUGCAAAAUGUAGGCACAUUUUAAUGAAGGCUAUAACAUUGAACUUCUAGUGCUAUGAUUUUUUAAAUCAUCUAUUGUAUUUCACCAUGACAUCAAUAUUUGGACUGGUUUUGACAACAGAAAUGUUGCUGAAAUGCCUGACUGACUUUUCCAAGUUAAACAGCUUAGAAACACACUUAUUGUCAUGGGAAAGAAGUCUGGGAAAACAGCAUGAAAAGGAGACGGAGAAAAUCAGGUCAAAACCCACUUUCUAAUCCCAGCUCCAAAUUCAGUAUAGUAGGGUUGGUUUAAUGUUAUGGAUCACAGAGAAUGGUCAUUUCAUCUUUCUGAUGUCAUAGGAAAUGCUUUGUUUUGUUUCCAGGGAGCUUUGUUACUCAUUGACAAGUAGCUGCAAAUCUCAUUAAAGGCAAUGGGAAUAUUUUUAUGGAUUUUGCUGAACAACCCAUGAGCACAAACUUUAGGUUAUUUUAUUCCAAGAGGAACUGUUAAAACUUUUCAAAGAAGCCAAGUUAACUUUUGGCAUUUUGCCUGGAAUCACUUGAAAUCUGAAACUUUCCAACUCAGACUGUCGUUUGAAUUGUCACAUUUUCUUCCUUGCUGUAUCCUCAUUUCUUUUCACACAAAUCUUUUUGUGACUUUCUCUCUCCCUUCUUUGUUGUUUUGAAAGACAAAUUUGUAUAUACUUUGAUACCAGAUUGUAUAUAUUUGUCUUAUGUAUUUAUGUUUAAUUGGUUCUUUCUGGUAACACUUGUUUUUUUAUUUAAAUAAAGGAAUCACGUUGUGUGUA